AUGGAUGAUAUGACAGAUGAUGAAAAUAAUUCAACAGCGUCAUCGACUGCUGUUGAAUCUAAAGGACCAACAUCAUUUGUUUAUACAGAUUUAAUCUUUCAUGUUCAAACAAUUCAGCAUCAUAUGUUCGAAAUCGUGAAAUUUCUUGAUAAUCAAUGCAAAAUUCAAAAGAACAUACAAAAGCAAUUAAAAUCACGUUCAAUAACGUUUAUUGAUCCAUAUGGAAAUUCAAUAACCGAUGAAUAUAUGGAUCAUGAAUUGAUUAGUACAAUAUUUAAAAAUUAUAAGAAAAAUUAUGUACCAAAAUAUUUACAUCAGUCAAUCAAAAUUGGAACAAUGAAUCAAGAUGUUAUUUCGUCAUUGGAUGAAUAUUAUCUGAAUUUAUCUGUAUCCGAAUAUCCAGAUGGUUAUCAAUUUAUUACACAUGUUGAAUUGAAUAUCUUAAUAGAAUAUCGUGAAAAUAUAGCACCUCAACCAUGUGUAUUACAUGUUCUCGUAACAGAUACUAUGGAGAAGGUUAAAAUGCGAAUACAAAAACUUCGAAAAUUACCGAAUAUUGAAUUAAAAUCAUUCAUAUUAAAUCAAGGUUCUCGAAUAACUACACAAAAUUGGAAUGAAGGUCGAACAUUAAAGUUAGAUGAAACCGUCUUGUCAUUAAAAUUAUAUGAAGAUAAUUGUAUUAUCAUAGCAAAAGUUUUGCAAGAAACAGCUGCUACCGGUCAAUCCAUUUCUGAUUUUAAAAUUUUUGUGAAAACUCUUACUGGAAAGGCACUUACAAUUGACGUCAAUGCUUACAUGACUAUAUCUAUUGUCAAAAACUUGAUACAAGACUCGCAAGGUAUUCCUCCUGAUCAACAACGUUUAUUAUUUUCUGGCAAGCAACUCGAAGAUAAUAGAACUCUUUCAGAUUAUAACAUACCGAAAGAAUCUACAAUUAAUAUGAUAUUAUCUUUACGUGGUGGAAUGUAUCAUAUAACGAGUGGUCGACAAAAUUUUUGCAGUGUACCAAAUACAGCAGCCGAAGCUAUAAAGAAUGUACUUGCAUUUGAAUUUCAACAUAUGAAUCAACCUGAACGUUUAUCACCAGCUGAACUACAAGAUUCUAUUAUACAAGGACAAGUUCUUCUUUCAAAACUUAUUAGUGAAAUUCAAAAUAUCUCUGUCGAUUGUGAUCUUCCAAAUUUAAAAGAUGUUAUAUUAUCAAAUGUUGAAAAUAAUCAAGAUGAGAAAGAUAAUGAAGAAGAUAAUAAUACUGAUGAUGAUGAUUAUGUCUUAGAUGAACAAUGA